AUGAACAAUGUGGUGCUUCUUAGAAAUCUCUUGGAUGAUAUUAUUCGUCAUCCGAAGAAGUUUUGGGUGCAGGUGUUGUCUCAAAAAUACUUGGAAAGGGAAAUUUUUCCUGAAGUCAAUAAGAAUUCGAAUGAGUUGUAUAUUUGGAGGGGAAUUUUGAAAAGAAAAAAGAAUUUGGGGAAGGGAUUCCAACCACAGCUAGGCCUGGGAGAUUCACUGUUUUGGUAUCAUAAUUGGCUAGGUUCUGGAAAGCUUUGUAAUAGGGUCCCUUUUGUGCAUAUUUGUGAUACUCAAUUGCACAUACAUGACGUAUGCAGAAGUGGAUUUUGGAACUUUGGAAUUCUAUACACAAUUCUGCCCCCAGAUACUCGCUAUGUGAUUAUUAAGGUGGAUAUUCCAAUGGAAUUUACAAGCGCAAACAGAUUCGGUUGGAAGCAUAAAGCUGAUGGGUUAUAUACCACAACAUCACCUUACCACCUUUUAAAGGGAUCUAACAUGGUUGAAUCCGCUGUAAUUGGAGGAAGGUAUGGAGUCGUAAAGUCCCAGAAAAAAUUAGAAUAUUUCUCUGGUUAA